AUGUCCACCAUGUCCUUCGCCAAGCAGGCAUACUCGGUCUUCAACCGGGAGAAGCCACAUUCAUCUAUCAGCGAGUGGGUCGAGAUCUUGACCUCGAGCUCUUACGACGGGGAGGCGUACGAUGGCAUUCCCGAACUAGUGGAGUCGAUCAACAUCCAGGCAACUGGCCCAGCGGAGGCUUCGAGAGCGCUUCGCAAGAAAAUCAAGCACGGGAAUCCUCAUCAACAAUAUCGCGCGCUCCAUAUCCUCAAGGCCAUCGUAGAGAAUGGUGGACACAAGUUCCAAACUUCUUUCGCCGAUACCAUGCUUACGGACGCGCUGAAGCACCUCGCUUCUGAUCCCUCUACGGAUCCUAGAGUCAAGAAGAAGCUCGCCUCGGUGCUGGCUGCAUGGAAGCGCCAGUUCUCGGACGAUCCCUCCAUGAUUGAUGUCGCCAGACUCUUCGACCAGUGCAAGCUAGCACAAUCGGAUCGUGCAGCACAAGACAAGAAAGUCAUAGAGCACGUUAAUCUCGGGCUCGGCAUAGAUGUGGAGUACGUAGAACGCAAAUCACGAGAGGAAGAAGCCCGCAAGAAGCGCGAAGCAGAGAAGCGAAAGACGAAAGAAGACAAGGAGAAGCGGAAACGGGAGGAGGCUGAACGGAAGCACAAACCGGCUCAGCCUCGCACGAAGAGGAAGCCAUUCAAUUUCGAAGAGGAGAAGCCUCAGAUCUUGACAGCGAUUGCUAGUGCAUCCCAGGUCACCAACAACCUUGUGAAUGCCAUGACUCUUGUUAACACACAACAAGAACGCUUGGAUGAAAACGAACGUGUUCAAGAGUGCCUAGCCAAGGUCAAGCAAGUGAGGAAGCAUAUCGUUCGCUACGUCCAGUUGGUUGAGAACGAAGACAUGAUAGGUGUUCUCAUCGACACCAACGACCGGAUCAUCUCUGCUCUGGAGAACUACGAUGCUGCAAGUAAAUUUUACCUGUCAAAGCUUUCCAAGCCCGGGACCUCCGAGCAACAGGUCAAAGAGAUCCAAGAGGGGCUUGCUGCAGCCAAGCUUUCAACGAAAAAGCAACGCGCAGCUAUCGAGAGGUUCAGGAGAGACGAGCCCACGAGCCCCUCAUACGUCCAUCCAGACCUCCAAGAUCUACAAUUCGGUUCAUUGGGUGCAGACCAGAGAAAUCUCCCUCCUCCAAUCCGACCCACUACUGCACGUUCCUCGGACGAAGACGAUGAAUAUCGUCGUGGUUCCCUCUCGGAUUAUAGCGACUAUGAGUCCUCCGACGAAGCAACUCACAAUCGGGCAGGCCCGUCCUCUGGAACCCGGCGAGGAUAUGUCGACGUAUCCGACGAUGAACCACGCACUGAGGUGGAGGAUCCCUUCGCUGAUCCCUUCGCUGAUUAG